AUGUCGGCUUCCUUUGCUGACACUCCCAAAAUGGAGUCCUGCCUACUGACAUUCCAGGCUUCUUCUUCGGCCUACGGGUAUAUCAGAUCUAUCACAAUGUGCCAAUCUGCUCUGAUAAUCUGGGUUUUUUGUGUCACUCUGCUGUGCCAGGGUAUCGGUGCUCAGCAGGUCCCCAUUCACAGUCAACAGCACCAUCAUGAACAGUACUGGUACCAGACUGCAGGGGAUCAAAUCCCAGUAAUCAGUGGAGGUACCUGCAAGGUGAUUGCUGUUCGCCGCUGUUGUAACCACAAUCACAUUGAAGAACGGUCGCAAACCAUCCAGUGUUCCUGCCUCCCAGGGAAAGUGGCCGGGACAACACGGGGCAAACCAUCUUGUGUGGAUACCUCGAUCGUGACAGGAAAGUGGUGGUGCGACAUGGAGCCCUGCCUGGUUGGAGAAGAGUGCAAAGCUUUGCCUGACAACUCAGGCUGGAUGUGCUCGCUUGGGAACCGUGUCAAAACUACCAAGAUCCACCCCAGAUACUGAUGAAGUCUGCAACUACAAAAAACACAUGUCUUCUAAGUGUUGAAGAUGGAUAUUUGAUGAUGGCCAAAGACUCUACUAUGGACAUUAGCUGGAAAUGAACACAAAUCUCAUUAUAGCUCAUGGAUAUGGCAAAAACACA